AUGCUCCGGUCAGAUAAGCAACAUCUACCGCUGCCCGCUGACCUAGCAGCGCUGCUGGCCAAUGCACUCCAUAACACCGUGGCGUGUCGCGAGAAAAGGCGAGAACAUAGCAACAAGACAACAAAAAUAAAUUCUGUACGGCAAUUCCGAGUGAACGAUGGCGGCGUCGCUGCUGCGCCGGGACAAGAAAGCCACAGCCGCUCAUCUGAAAGCGGACCUCAAUCGGACUGACAACAGCUCUGGACUACGGCAACUUCAGGAAUUGCUGGAUAAUGUUCUUAAUCCAGAGAAGCCAGCUUCGGACACUGAGGCCCUUGACUGGUGUAAAUAUCUGCUGGCAGGAGGGGACGGGUUCGAGGAGUUCUGCAAGACCGUCCGCUCCUACGAUAACGCUACUCUGUGUGGCUUAGUCUGGACUGCUAAUUUUGUAGCCUACCGAUGUCGGACCUGUGGCAUUUCCCCUUGUAUGUCACUGUGUGCGGAAUGUUUUAACAACGGGGAUCACACGGGCCAUGAUUUUAACAUGUUUAGGAGUCAGGCCGGUGGGGCCUGCGAUUGUGGAGACAGUAAUGUCAUGCGAGAAAGUGGGUUUUGCAGAAGGCAUCGGUUAAAAACAGGGGAGUGUGUUCCAUCAGUUCCUUGCGAUCUACUGCUCAUGUCCGAGAUGGUUCUUCCUCGUUUCAUCAUCAGCAUAAUACAGUACCUGAGAGAUGGCUACACAGAGCCAGAGUCAGCCACAGACAGGGAUCUACAGAAGGUCCUACAGCAGCUGGAGCCUCAGAUAUCUUUCUUAGAAGAACUCACUAAGAUGGGUGGAGCUAUGCGCACUGUACUCACAAAGAUUUUAACCAAUCAGCAGACCUUUAAAGAACUGAGCAUGGGCCAGGAGGAGAAUGUGUAUGCAAAGAGAAGUUAUGAGAAGUACCUGUCAGCACUGAAGAACUCAGGAUUGGUGUCUGUGGAGGAGAAGGGGUCAGCAGGUGCAGGUGCUGGGGCAGCAGACUCCCCUGCUGGAGCUGGAGCGCUCAGCUUGCUGGGGGCUGCUGCGGCAGCUAGCCCAAAUGAGGAAAACAAAGAGGAGGAUCAGGAUGGAGGGCAGUGUGUAGGCCAGAGAAAGAGGGUAAAGCUGAGCAGUAGUACCAAAGAUCCAUCCAUAAUGGAUACUCUGAAACAUAAAUGUUUUUUAGAAGAGUUAUUGUUUUGGACUAUUAAAUAUGAGUUUCCACAGAAGAUGGUCACUUUUUUACUCAACAUGCUACCAGAUCAAGACUAUAAGAUCACCUUUACUAAAACAUUUGUUCAGCACUAUGCUUUCAUCAUGAAGACUCUGAUGAAGAGCCAUGAGUCAGACACAAUGUCCAACAGAAUUGUGCACAUCAGUGUGCAGCUGUUCAGUAAUGAAGAGUUGGCACGUCACGUUACUGAGGAGUGCCAGCUGCUGGACAUCAUGGUCACUGUACUGUUGUACAUGAUGGAAAGUUGCCUUAUUAAGAGUGAGCUGCAAGAUGAAGAGAAUAAUCGCCAUGUGGUGGUGAACUGUGGGGAAGCUCUGCUGAAGAACAACACCUACUGGCCUUUAGUUAGCGACUUUAUUAAUAUUCUCUCUCACCAAAGCGUAGCCAAGCGCUUCCUGGAGGAUCACUCCCUGCUCAUGCUCUGGAUGAGCUUUGUCUCUUUCUUUCAAGGAAUGAACUUAAACAAGAGGGAGUUGAAUGAGCAUGUGGAGUUUGAAUCUCAGACAUACUACGCAGCUUUCGCUGCUGAACUGGAGGCGUGUGCUCAGCCUAUGUGGGGGCUACUAACACACUGCAAAGUCAAAGAAACACAGGAGUACACUAAGACAGUGGUGCGGUAUUGCCUGGAGACUUUACAGAUCUGGUUCGAUGCCAUUGGUUUUGUUGAUGAGCCUGCACCCAAUCAAGUAACAUUUCAUUUGCCUUUGCACCGCUACUAUGCCAUGUUCCUGAGCAAGGCGGUGAAGUGUCAGGGGCUGGACUUGGAUAGUCUGCUUCCUGACCAGGAAAUGCUGAUGAAGAUCAUGGUGCAUCCUCUUCAGAUACAGGCUUGUCUGUCUGAGAUCCACAGUAAUAUGUGGGUGAGGAAUGGACUACAGAUAAAAGGGCAGGCUAUGACGUAUGUCCAGUCACACUUCUGCAACUCUAUGAUCGACCCAGACAUUUUCCUGCUACAGGUGUGCGCAUCACGACUAGAUCCAGACUACUUUAUUUCUUCAGUGUUUGAGAGAUUUAAAGUAGUGGACUUGUUGACUAUGGCGUCACAGCACCAGAACACAGUGCUGGAUGCGGAACAGGAGAGGCCCAUGCUAGAGGGGGCUCUUACUUUCCUUGUCAUAUUGUGCAGCCUCCGCAUACACCUAGGCAUGACUGAUGAUGAGAUUUUGCGGGCAGAAAUGGUGUCCCAGCUGUGUAUGAAUGAUCGCACACACAGCUCGCUUCUUGAUCUUAUUCCAGAGAACCCUAAUCCUAAGAGUGGCAUUGUUCCUGGCAGCUGUAGCUUUGAGGAGAUGCUGUCAGCUGUGGCUGACUUUAAAGCUCCUGUGUUUGAGCCUGGGGGCUCCAUGCAGCAGGGCAUGUAUACACCUAAAGCGGAGGUGUGGGAGAAGGAGUUUGACCCAAUCAUGGUGAUCUUGCGCACAGUAUACCGUCGAGAUGUCCAGUCAGCGAUGGAUAGAUACUCAGCAUUUUUGAAGCAGUCAGGUAUCCACACUGGUAACCCCUGGCCUCCUUAUAAGGAGAGGACUCCAUUGCACCCGUGCUACAGAGGCCUGGUGCGCCUGCUGCACUGCAAAACCCUGCACAUUGUCAUCUUUACCCUGCUGUACAAGAUCUGGAUGGACCAUCAGAACAUGUCAGAGCAUGUGCUGUGUAUGGUGCUUUAUUUGGUUGAACUGGGCUUGGACAACCACAUGCAAGAGGACAAAGAGGAUGAGGAGCCCUGCAUUGAGGAGCAUUGCCAUGAUAGCUGGUUCCCCGGCACCAGCCUUCUUUCAAACCUGCACCAUGUUAUUCACUUUGUGCGGGUACGAGUGCCUGAGACAGCACCAGAGGUGGAGAAGAAGAGGGAGCGUGAGAGGGAGAGAGAGACUCCUCCAAGCACCAGCGCCGAAUCAUCCAGCUUUGGACAGAACUUGCGUGAGGCUCAGCUGUUCAGCCUUGUGGCAGAACGCAGGAGAAAGUUCCAGGAGAUUAUUAACCGCAGCAGUCAUGAAGCCAGCCAAGCUGUACGGCCCAAGUCCUCUUCUCGCUGGCAUCCUCCCGGCUCUCCUCCGCAACUAGUCACAGAGAUCCUGGAGAUCAGGGAGAGCAUGCUGUCCCUACUGGUCAAACUGCAUCAGAAACUUUCUGCCAAGCAGAAUUCCCUUUCACCAGGUUGGUUGGAGGAGGCUGACCCAGCACGCCAUGCGCAUGGAGAUGGUAUCACCGCCAUUGAAAGAAUCCUGGCUAAAGCAGCGUCUCGGAGCAGACACAGCAAGAGGUGCCUGCAGGAGAUCUGUGGAAGAGUGUGCCCUACUGUAACUGCCAAAAAGAACAGUCCAGGAGACAAGAAGAGCAUGGAUAAAGAGGAAAGGCGGCAAAGGGCCAGAGAGAGACAGCAGAAGCUGCUGGCUGAAUUUGCCUCCAGGCAGAAAAGCUUCAUGGAGACAGCCAUGGAUGUUGAGUCUCCUGAGGCAGAGGCAGCAAUGGACGUGGGCUCUGCUGAGCCUCUGGACUCAGAUGUUUUGUACGAUUGUGUCAUAUGUGGCCAGAGCGGCCCCUCUACUGAAGACAGACCUACAGGACUGGUGGUGCUACUACAAGCGUCUUCAGUGUUGGGGCACCGUUGCCGUAGUGACGAGGCAAAGCGGCUCCCUACAAGCGACGAGGAGCAGAUCUUCCCUGAGGACACGUGUGGAGCGACUAAUGACGUUAGGCUAGCACUCAUGCAGCGGUACUUCAAAGAUAGUUCCUGUCUGCAGUCUGUCUCUAUUGGCUGGGAUGGUGGUGUGUAUGUGCAAACAUGUGGUCACACACUGCAUAUAGACUGCCACAAAUCGUACAUGGAAUCUCUACGGAAUGACCAGGUGCUGCAGGGUUUCUCGGUGGAUAAGGGUGAGUUCACCUGCCCUCUGUGUCGUCAGUUUGCUAACAGCGUUCUGCCAUGCAAGCCUGGGCGUGGCACAGAGGCAGGUGCCUGGCACACCCCCAGCAACAAGAGUCCAGCCACACUUGUCAAGGAAGUUGGAGACCUGCAAGAGGAGCUGGGCAUUUUCCCAGUAAGCACCUAUACGGAAUCUAACCUCACUAAAGAGAUGGAGUCCGUGAUUAAAGACAUAAAGAAUGCCACACAGAAGAAGUACAUGGACUACGGCAAGAACCCGGGCUCACCUGAUAACGAUUUCCUCUUCAUGUACUCUGUAGCCAGGACAAAUCUGGAAUUGGAGUUGGUUCAUCGUGGUGGGAAUCUUUGCAGUGGGGGAGCCAGUGCUGCGGCGAAACGUUCUUGCCUCAAUCAAUUGUUCCAUGUGUUGGCAAUGCACAUGCGUUUGUACAGCAUCGAUUCUGCUUAUAACCCCUGGACCCGUCUCACACAGAUCACCCAGAACAGAGAGUCAGAGUAUGGGGACGAGGAGCGUCCCGAGGUGCCCAUGCUGUUUCGAGAUGUCCCCUCCUUACUCAUCAUCUUUGUGCUCACUAUGCCUCAGCCUCUACGCAAAGAACAUUUUACAUGUAUAGUCAAGGUGCUCUACACUCUACAGUACACUCAGGCCCUGGCAGCCCUAUCAGUCAAAUUCAACCCUGAGGAGAGACUAGCAUGGAGCAACACUGGGGCAGCCAAGAAGAACAUGCCAAACUCUGAAAAAUCAUGGGAGACACUUCUCAGCCAUGUAAUCAGUGAGCUGACUAAGGCUAGGGGCGUGUAUGAGAGCAGGCCUGAGGAGUCUAUGUUGAGCUCGAGUGUUUGGUCUCCACAGUCUAUAGAGUUUACGCUGCAGCAAUUCUGUCUGCCCUUUCUGCGCCUCUCCUGCUUACUUCAGCACCAUCUCUAUGGGGACAACCUGCCUGGCUGCCUGAUAGAGGAGGAAUUCUCAUUGCUGGUUGGCUGUUUGGGUUUGCUGCCUGGUUCGGCCCAGUCCAGCAGCUCCUUGAACAGUGCAACAUGCCUGGGGUGGAAUGUCAACCCAUUUGAGCUGCUCUCCCAGUGGUGCUCUGAGCUCUUCAGCCUAGCUGGUGCUCCCUCACAGCAGGCCAUGACACUGUUAGUGCAGGACCCUCAGUGGGUUGCUCCACGCCUGCUGCAGCUCCCUGACAACUACAACACCAUUUUCCAGUACUACCAUCGGAAAUCCUGCUCUGUCUGCAAUAAGACACCCAAGGACCCUGCACUAUGCCUGGUGUGUGGAGCCUUCGUCUGCCUCAAGGGCCUCUGCUGCAAACAGCAGGGGAUCUGUGAGUGUGUGCUGCAUUCUCAGCACUGUGGAGCUGCAACUGGAAUCUUCCUCCUGAUAAACGCCUCAGUCAUCAUCAUCAUACGGGGACAUCGUUUCUGCCUGUGGGGGUCUGUUUAUCUAGAUGCUCAUGGAGAGGAAGACAGAGAUUUACGUCGGGGCAAACCUCUGUUCUUGUGUGAAGAGAGGUACCGAGUGCUGGAGCAGCAAUGGGUGUCCCACACCUUCGACCACAUUAACAAACGCUGGGGUCCCCACUACAACGGACUUUAACAUGACACCCCCAAAAUAAACCUGGAGCAGCCAAGAUCACACUGGGCAUGAGUGCCACCCUCUGUAUCUCCUUUUGAUAAAUGCUAUCAUGUAAUAUAAAAGAAACAAGCCGUGAGUGGAUUGCUGCUACAGCCUUGGUUAUGUGAAGUUUAAUGUACAAUCAUGCCUAAUGACUAACAGUGUGCGUGCGAGCGUGUAUGUGUGUUUGUAUGCAUGAGUGUGUGAAUGUGAGUGUGUUUUUAAAGUGGUUUCUGUGUGGAUUUGGAAAUGGAGAAGAUGGGGAAUUUAGUUUUUGGUUGGGACAAGCUCACAAUGAAAGCACAGUUUAGCGACUUGACUGCAUUUGAGUGAGUGCUUUUUGAAGCAUGAGUUACUUGAUUGCACCUCUCAAAAACUUUCUGAAGAAUAUGUGCUCAGUACUGGAAAUCUUGACCAAAAUCUGGCCUGUAUAUUUUUUUUACACAGAAUAGACACCUGAGUCAUCAAAAAUAAGAAGUAACAUGUAUUCAGUGCUAACUGGAUGGAGGUACCAUACUGGUUAAAGAAGAGCAUAUCAACCAUGAUUAUCAACCAUGAUCAUAACCCCGUGACUAGUGCAGCAUAUAACAAUGUUUGUCAUAGUAAGUGAUUUGAUGCAUAUCUCAUUUCAUUCUACACUGAGAUGUACGUGCUGGUAAAGAAUAAAAGUGUCAUUUACGUAGAAUUCUUCUGCAAAGUGAUCAGAGCUGAAUGGUAGAACAAAAACGAUUAUCCAUCUUUUGGAUGCUUUCCGAUAAUCAGGCCAUGAACUGGCUUUGAAGUGAAUGAAAUGGUGUGUGUUUUAGAAGUUAAACAAAAUAUGAAUUUAUCAACCGAUUGUAGUCAAAGUAAAAUGAGACUUAUCUCUGGUUUAAGGUCUAGUUGCAACCAUCCUCAGGAAUUUUUUUUCUUUUUUGCUGUAGUUGAAGAGAAACUUUUUAAUAUUUAAGUAAAUGCUGCUAUUCAUUGUUAAGAGUUAAUUAUAACAUUUGUAAAGAUGAUUUUUAUGAUUUAAAACUUUUUUUCUCAAAGAUUAGAAGGCUCUGUGUUCAUAGCAGUUGGCAGGGUUGUUGAGAAUUUCCUUUAAAUAUAAAGUUGCAAAAGAUGCGGAUAUUUCCUACAAUCUCUGCUAAUCACAAAGCUUUUCUGAGCUGGCCCGUUCACUUUGCUGCAUAUUGAAAACAGCAUUAAGUUUCCCUUUCAGCAAUAUAAAAAUGGUCUCAAAAGUAGACAAAGAAAUUAUGCCAGCAAAAUGUCAUGCAGCCAUGCCAAGAUGAGAAAUGUCACAUUUUUGGGACUCGCAAAUUGAUGUCACAUCGCUUUUGUUCCCUAAUCAAACCAUAAGCUUUAAGUAUGAGAGAAGACUGCUCCAAUGUCAGCAGACAUGGUUCAACUACCAAAAACCUCCGCGUCAGGUUAUGGUGACCUCCAUAGCACCCACAAUACAAUCAAAAUUGGUAUUUCAGCAUAAUACAGCUGGAGAUUUGUGGCAUUUUACAAGUUCAUAUUUUUAAGACUUUAUAUAAGGCAUUGUCUUUUAAAGAUAGUAGAAAGUCAUUGUAGUGCUGUACUUUUCAUUAAGCAGGGGCCACAGGAAUGUAAUUUCACUGAAGUAGUUCAUAUAGAUUCACAGAUUUAAAGUGGUCUUUAGAAGAAGGAAAAAAAAAGUCACCUUUUGUCUUUCCUUCACUGGUCAAAAUGGUCCACAGUGAUGUCCCCUCUGUACUGAUUGACCUAUUCAGUUUUAAUCUAAAAUCAAAGGUUCCCUUUGGGUCAAGAUAAAGGACCAUUUCUCGCUAUGGUUUUGUGAUGGUUAUGUCUAAAUAGUUAAAAUAUCAUAUUUUGCUGAAGUUUGUCCUAGUCAAGUCAGACAUGUAUUUGGAUGCAGUACUUUGUUGGAUUCUUUGUCAGUGGCCACUUCUGCAGGGAUUUAAAUUGGAUAUCACAUAGUGCUCCACGUAAUUGCUUUCAGAAAGAUUUCAGAAUGUAGUUGAAAUGUUUGCAUAGAUGUUUUCCCAUUUAUUUUAUUGCUAUUCGGCUGCCCCUUCCAGAGCAAGACUUUAAUUCACAUGGACUUGUCAUUGAUACCAUAUAAAGCACUUGGUUGUAACUUCUGAUUUGUUUACUAUGUUAACCUGUUUGUGUUCCCCUUUCUCCUCUCUUUCAUUUGUCAGUGUACUCUGAGAAGGUGAAAGAGAACCAAACUUUGUGAUUCUAUUACAGAUGAUCCUGAAUGCAGUCUGUUCCACACUUUGACUAAAUUUGGUACUUUACAGUGCUUCAUUUCACUCCUGUCCCUUCUAGCCCUUUUGUCCAAAGCCCACCUGUUGAGACAGAGCCACCGGUGCACACCGUAAAGCAUGUUUUGGUUUUAUAUUGAUCAGUUUGUAAGGUGUUGAUUACACGGGACUGCAUGACUUAUGGGGUCUGUAAGCCUGUAGCUGUACGGUUUCAGUCAUUCUGAACGUAAAAAUGAUGCCUGUUGUUUUCCAUCUCAUGUACUUUUGUCACAAUAAUGGACAUAUUUUGAAUGUUUCCAUUCACUUUUGAAACAAAACUAUUAUUCAUGUUAUUAUCCUAGUGCAAUUGCAACCUUGCGCAAUCCUAUUUUCACCCAUGCAGUAUUAAAUGGUCUGAUGCAGUUUAAACUGUUGGGGUUUUAAGAGAAAGAAUAUAUGCACACACAGCACCUAUUGAAAGCCAAAAGUAGUAUAAAACUGCAGUGAUGUCUGGACUCUCAUCAAUUGUGAGAAGACUUGAUGUGAUGGAAAUAAAUGGGCAACAUUUCUGAAACCUGUAUAGCAGAACUGGCAAAAAUUACAACAUUAGUUUACAAGCCCCAGUUUCCUCUUGAUUGCUCGUGUCAUCAAUGCUGCAGUCACUCAGUUUUGAGGGAAAUGCUUCAGGCACUUAAUUUCUCUGCUCCUCUUUUCUGUCUUUCUUUUUUGUCUUGAAUUCUUGCAUGCUGCUGUUUUUCUCCUUUUCAGUUUUUCCUCUUGUUUUCUUUCUCAGCCCAUCCAUUGUAUAGACAGUUUUGUGGAGAGUAAUGGGUGUAUAUUGGAAUUGAACGCUGCAACUUGCCCUUGGUGUGGUGUGAGAUGAGUGACUGACAGAGAGGCAGAAAUACAGUACAUUACUGUAGGUGCUGAUUCAAACUUUCUGAUCUCAAGUCAGAAAGGGUGACAGACAUUUAAUGCAAAAUGUAACAUAUGUGAAUAAAAUAUAAAGAUGCUC